AAAUUAAUUUUUGUUUCACCUCUAGUGAGGAAAACAAGCGCGAGGCGAAUUUUUGGACAUUUUUUAUAAUAUUUUACAAUAAAAUAAUACAAUUUUAAGCAAGCAAAUAAAAAACAGCGAGGAGCACAUCGGAAUGCCUUCUAGAGCAAGCGGAGAUAUCUCUAGUGCUACGAAGAUUUCCUCAAGUUCUCGGAAAACAAUCAGUGGCCCAAGGAGCAAAAGGAUUGCCCUAAGCAAUAACAAUAAAAGUCUUGCAGUCGAGAACGCCACUACAACCGCCCAGGGGCAGCACACGUUCCCGCCAAAAUCCGAAUACGAGAAAUUCUACGAAACUGUGUUUUUGGCGGAUGAUCCCCAGUCUGUUGAAGAAUCGAUGAUGGAACGUCGCAGGCCAGGACCGCGAUCUAAAAGACCACUGCACGUCCUUCUAGACGAUGAUGACUCCCAGUCGGGGAGUUCGCGGCCCUCAAAUAAAACCGUUGAGCCGGUAAAUCGAAAUAAUGGCAUUUCUCCAAAGCCCAGAUCCCAAGGACGACAGGAUAAAUUUGAGGACUACUACACGAAAACGGAACGUCAUGUCUGGAAAAAGGAUGCUGAGAAAAUGUUAUUGCAAUUGUGGGCGCAACAUUUAAAGGAUUUUCGCGGCGAGUCAAAGAAUGUUCUUAUCUAUAAGGCGAUGGCCAAAGAGAUGAGCCAGUUUGGGCCGAGUCAUACCGAACUUAAAACGAAAAUGGAUAACAUGUCGCGAAAGUAUCGUAUUGAAGCUGAGAGACUUCGUGAAACCGGAAUACCAUCCAAAUGGGAACACUUUCACAGGCUUCAAGCUCUUCUAAUUGGCACAAAAGCCGUAGAUGUCUUUGAAGAAAUUAUGUGCGAUAAUCCAGCGGAACAACUUUUUAGCGAUCGGGAAGAAUCGGAUAAUGAAGAAAUGGCUUCGAUGAACGAUGAAUCCAUGGCAGAGGACCAAAAGGAUGAAAUUGAAUUGGUUACGAAGGCAGUCAGAAAAAGAGGACGGUCUUCCUCUCCCAAUCUCACAGAUACCCAGGACGAAGAGUAUGAAGUGGAGGAUCAGCUGGAAGAGAGUUCGCCUUUGCCUAUUCCAAAAUAUCGAACCAAAAGGAAAAUACCGGUUAGCUAUUCUGAAAGAAUCCUUGAAAUAGAGGAGGAGAAACUAAAUAUCGAACGAAAGAAGCUGCAGGUUAUGAAGGAAGCGCUUGUGGAGCUCAACUCAUUCCACAAAGACAUAGUUCAUUUAUUUAAACAGAAAAAUCAUUAAAAUUAAUUAUAAGUGUUAUAGUUUGUACUUUCUGAGAAUAUAAAAUUCAAAGUUUUUCGGAAAACUUGACCUCUUAAAAUCUACUAAAGUAAUUUUUUAAUAAAUCGAGGAAAUAUAUAACGGUCACACAAAUUAUAGUAGAUAUCUAUAUUUAACAUGUAAAUUAAAUAAAAAGAAGAAAAAAUACAAA